UUCCACCCACAGUUGUCCUCACCAGAACGCGAGUCGGUUACAACCACAUCCACAUGCAUAUGCAUUGCCCAAGAAAGCUAAAGUACCAAUAAUUCUGUCUUUCUCUUGUAUAUAUUAAAACCCCAAAGCUUUUACCUCAUCAUUUCUCUCUUCUCCUCUCGGAACCCUAGAAAAGCAUAGCACCCACAAACCCACCUGUUCUAAUUUCCCAUCACUUUCCCGAGAAAAUCCAACCGGAUCUUCUCCAAUCUGCCAUAAGAAGUCGCAUCUUAAUUUGGGCAUGGGAAGGGUUCUAAGAGAAACCACAAAGCCCUCGUCUUCAUCAUCGCCGUCACCACCAUCCUCAUCAUCCUCGUCAAGCUUAACGACGACAUCGACGUCGAUAACGGAUACGGUAAACGGGUCCCACCAAUUUAAGAUAACUGGGUAUUCCUUAUCCAAAGGAUUAGGGAUCGGGAAAUAUAUAGCCUCAGAUACGUUUAAUGUAGGGGGUUAUUCAUGGGCCAUUUAUUUUUAUCCGGAUGGGAAAAGUGUGGAAGAUAAUGCUACUUACGUUUCGUUGUUUAUAGCUUUGGCUAGUUUAGGGACCGAUGUUAGGGCUCUUUUUGAAUUGACGCUUUUGGAUCAGAGUGGGAAAGAGAGACAUAAGGUUCAUACCCAUUUUGGUAGAACGCUUGAAACUGGGCCUUAUACGCUUAAAUAUCGUGGCAGCAUGUGGGGAUACAAACGGUUUUUAAAAAGAACUCUUCUAGAAUCAUCAGACUACCUUAAAGAUGAUUGCCUCCAAGUUCACUGCAGUGUAGGUGUUGUUAAGUCGCACACGGAAGGUUCUAAGACUUAUUCUAUAGCAGUACUGCCUUCUAACAUUGGUCAGCAUUUUGGACAACUUCUGGAAAGUGGCAAGGGAACUGAUGUAAGUUUUGAAGUUGAUGGAGAAGUUUUUGCUGCUCACAAACUCGUCCUUGCUGCUCGAUCUCCUGUAUUCAGGGCCCAACUUUUUGGCCCUAUGAAGGAUCAAAAUACCCAGCUAAUAAAAGUUGAAGACAUGGAGGCUCCAGUUUUUAAGGCUUUACUUCAUUUUAUAUACUGGGAUUCACUACCUGACCUGGAAGAGCUUACUGGUUUAAAUUCAAAGUGGGCCUCAACUUUAAUGUCUCAGCAUCUGCUUGCAGCAGCUGAUAGAUAUGGUUUGGACAGGCUCAGGCUGCUUUGUGAGGCCAAUCUAUGUGAGGAGGUGGCUAUAAACACAGUGGCAACUACGCUAGCCUUGUCAGAGCAGCAUCAUUGUUUCCAGCUAAAGGCUGUCUGUCUCAAGUUUGUAGCAAUGCCUGAAAAUCUUAGAGCUGUGAUGCAAACAGAUGGUUUUGAAUAUUUGAAAGAAAGCUGCCCUUGUGUCCUAACGGAGCUCUUGGAGUAUGUGGCUAAAGUCAGUGAACACUCUGUAAUUGUAUCAAAGCAUGGGAAUGAAGCUAUCCUUGAUGGAAGUGACUUCAAUGGGAGGCGGGUGAAGCAAAGGCUAUAGGAGAAAACUACUGUUUUUUUUUUUUUUUUCCUUUUUCUUUCAUGCUUUUCCUUGUAGCCAAACAAAAAAUUAAAGAAACGAGUUGUAGGAAGAGAGAAGAUUUUUCACUUGAUUUGUACGAAAUGCAAAACUUAGCUGUUCAUUUGAUGUCUCUGGCUGGCUGGCUUGCUAUGUACAGGAUUCUAUUUGUAUUUCAACUUGUCUCUCCUUGUUAUU